GUCCGAGCCGCCUCUGGUCGAUUGACCGCUUCCUGUGGGGACGGCCGUGGGCGGCUGGGAGGCCGGGGCGCAGAUAUUCCAUUCCAACAGAAGAGAAAGCAACUAAAAGGAGAAAUGCAGAACUCCUUCAAAACUGAAGAGGCCACUGCCUGUUGAAUUUCUCCAAAGGCAAAACUUGAAAAAGUGGAAAACUCCAGCCAGUUAGGUCACCAUGUCUGGAAUUGGGAACAAAAGAGUGGCGGCAGAGUCUAGCCCCUCAGGGCCUCCAGAGAAGAAGGCUGGGGUUGAGGACUCGGGGACCACUGUGGAGACCAUUAAACUUGGUGGUGUCUCCUCAACGGAAGAACUGGACAUUCGCACCCUACAGACCAAGAACCGCAAGCUGGCAGAGAUGCUGGAUCAGCGGCAGGCCAUCGAGGACGAACUGCGAGAGCACAUUGAGAAGCUCGAGCGGCGGCAGGCCACGGACGAUGCUUCUCUGCUGAUCGUCAACCGCUACUGGAGCCAGUUUGACGAAAACAUCCGCAUCAUUUUGAAACGCUAUGACUUGGACCAAGGCCUCGGAGACCUCCUGUCGGAACGUAAAGCCCUCGUCGUGCCGGAGCCAGAACCUGAUUCUGACAGCAACCAGGAACGUAAAGACGAGAGAGAGCGAGGGGAAAGAUUUGAGCCUGCAUUCUCCUUUCUGGCUACCCUGGCCAGCAGCACCAGUGAGGAAAUGGAAUCCCAGCUUCAGGAACGCGUGGAGUCUUCCCGCCGCGCAGUCACUCAGAUUGUGACUAUGUAUGACAAGUUACAGGAGAGAGUGGAUAUGCUGUCCCAUAAGCUGAACAGUGGAGAUGUAUCUCUGAUGGAGGAGGCUGUCCAAGAACUGAACUCCUGCCUUACAAACGAGAACAGACGGCUACAAGAACUGGCGGAUUUGCUGCAGGAAAAGCACCGCGCCAUGUCACAAGAGUUUUCCAAAUUGCAAGGAAAAGUGGAGACGGCGGAGUCUCGCGUGUCUGUGUUGGAAACCAUGAUCGAUGAUCUGCAGUGGGACAUCGACAAAAUCCGCAAACGAGAACAACGGCUCAACAGGCAUCUGGCAGACGUCCUAGAACGUGUGAAUUCAAAAGGAUACAAGGUGUACGGAGCAGGGAGCAGUCUCUAUGGCGGCACCAUUACCAUCAACUCUCGUAAGUUUGAGGAGAUGAACUCAGAGCUUGAGGAGAACAAGGAGCUUGCUCAGAACCGCCUGAGCGAAGUGGAGAAGCUGCGGCAAGAUUUCGAUGAGGUGACAGCUCAGAACGAGAAGCUGAAGGUGGAUCUGAGGCGGGCUGUAGAGGAGGUGGUAAAGGAGACCCCAGAAUACCGCUGCAUGCAGUCCCAAUUCUCCGUCCUUUAUAAUGAGAGCCUGCAACUGAAAGCGCAGCUGGAUGAGGCCCGCACUCUACUCCACGGUACCCGAAGUACCCACCAGCACCAAGUGGAACUCAUCGAGCGGGAUGAAGUCAGCCUGCACAAGAAAUUGCGCACUGAGGUCAUUCAGCUGGAGGAUACUCUGGCCCAGGUCCGCAAGGAGUAUGAGAUGUUGCGAAUUGAGUUUGAGCAGACACUGGCAGCCAAUGAACAAGCAGGUCCCAUCAAUCGAGAGAUGCGCCACCUCAUCAGUAGUCUCCAGAAUCACAACCACCAGCUGAAAGGAGAGGUGUUGAGGUACAAGCGGAAGCUGAGGGAGGCUCAGUCGGACUUGAGCAAGACCCGUUCCCGUAGCGGCAGUGCCCUCUUGCACUCUCAGUCCAGCACUGAGGAUACCAAGGAGGAGCCACCCGAGAUCAAACAGGAGCCUGACGACGUCCCUGCUCCCUCCACGUCCUCCAAGGCUCCCCGUGAGGAUGUCCCCGAAACCAAGGCAAAACGAGAUGAGGAGGAGCGGGAGCGGGAGAGGCGGGAAAAGGAACGGGAGAAAGAGAAGGAGAAAGAAAAGGAGAGGGAGCGGGAGAAGGAGAAGGAAAAAGAAAGGGAGCGGGAGAAGCAGAAGCAGAAGGAAUCCGAGAAGGAGCGGGAAUCCGGCAAAGAGAAGGACAAAGGGAAGCAUGACGACGGGAGGAAAAAGGAAGCGGAACUGGUCAAACAGCUCAAGACCGAUCUCAAGAAGGCUCAAGAAAGCCAGAAGGAGAUGAAGUUAUUGUUAGAUAUGUAUCGGUCUGCCCCCAAAGAGCAAAGAGACAAAGUUCAACUCAUGGCUGCGGAGAAGAAGGCCAAAGCUGAGUUGGAAGAGCUGAGACAAAGAUUGAAGGAACUGGAGGACAAGGAGAAGAAAGAAAGCAAAAAGAUGGCUGACGAGGAUGCCCUCCGGAAGAUACGGGCAGUGGAGGAACAGAUUGAAUACUUGCAGAAAAAACUGGCUAUGGCUAAGCAGGAAGAAGAGGCGCUGCUCUCUGAAAUGGACGUGACAGGCCAAGCCUUUGAGGACAUGCAGGAGCAGAACAUUCGCCUGAUGCAGCAGCUGCGGGAGAAGGACGAUGCCAACUUCAAACUCAUGUCAGAACGCAUCAAAUCCAACCAGAUCCAUAAGCUUCUAAAGGAAGAGAAAGAGGAGCUGGCGGACCAGGUUCUGACCCUAAAGACACAGGUGGAUGCCCAGUUGCAGGUGGUGCGGAAGCUAGAGGAGAAAGAGCACCUGCUCCAGAGCAAUAUCGGGACAGGAGAGAAGGAGCUGGGCCUGCGAACCCAGGCACUAGAGAUGAAUAAGCGGAAGGCCAUGGACGCUGCUCAGCUUGCCGACGACCUUCGGGCACAGCUGGAGCUGGCCCAGAAAAAGCUGCACGACUUCCAGGAUGAGAUUGUGGAGAACAGCGUGACCAAGGAGAAGGACAUGUUCAACUUCAAGCGAGCUCAGGAAGAUAUUUCCAGACUACGGAGGAAGCUGGAGACCACAAAAAAACCUGACAUGGUACCCAACUGUGACGAGAUCCUUAUGGAGGAGAUCAAAGAUUACAAGGCUCGCCUGACCUGCCCCUGCUGUAACAUGCGCAAGAAGGACGCCGUGCUCACUAAGUGCUUCCACGUCUUCUGCUUCGAGUGCGUGAAAACCCGCUAUGAUACCCGGCAGCGUAAAUGUCCCAAGUGCAACGCUGCCUUUGGGGCCAACGACUUCCAUCGUAUCUACAUUGGCUGAAUCUCUGCUGGGUGGCGCCAGACAGACAACUUUGCUGCCAACUGCCCAGGACCCUCCUUAAUUUGCAGGCUGGAAACUGCUGCUUUGUGUUGGCUAUUUUCCCUUGUUUUUUUAAAAAAAUGCAAUUCUCCACUGGUUAGAGUGCAAAGUGGGAUUAUCUUCUGUUCUUUCUGCUGUUUCCUUUCUUGGGGACUGCCACCCCCCCGCCUCCAUGCAAUACUCCCUGGUUGCCUGGGGUUAUUGGGAGAUGAUUGGCUGUUUACUUGGGCUCUAACUCAACAGCUAGUAUGCAUCAGCCUUGCACUAGAAAAUGAGCUUGGGUCGUUUAAUUAGAAAGCCUUUUGUCUCUCGUCUCUUCCAAAUUUAAUUUCCCAUUUUGUCAGAAAAGGGAGAAAACUUCUUUUCUGGACAAGGUCAUGUCCUUGCGUUGUGUCUUUCUGCGCUGGCAGGUGUGCGCGUGUGUUUGGAAGCCUUGGGGCAGUUUUCCAGCGUGCACAAUUUCUUCCUGAUGGAAAUUGUUCAGUGUGGCUCUUGUUACCCGUUAAAGAGCUUGGAAGAAGGGACUCCACACACGAGAAGGAUGAAGAUCGGCACGGAGCCGCUCUGUGCUUAAAGUUGCCCCGGCACCGCCCUUCUGAAGGGGAGCAAGAACGGCCGGUGAAACUCUUUGUGGAGCGGCUGGCGAAGAAAUGGCCAUCUGUGUGGCGUGUGCACCUUGACAUGGUGAAUGAGGAAGAGCAGCUUGGCCUGAUGGUCACCAUUCACUUCCUUGUGUGGGUCCUAUGCAUGGCAUGGUGUGGGAGUGAGCCAAGGAGACCAUGUGUGGUCCUGUCUUGUGUAAACAGAAGCCUACAUGCACUGACACCUAUACAAAUAGGACCUCUUUGCCCCAUCUGAUCUAUUCUCUUUUUGUGGCAGACGGAUCAUAUGUGUAGGGCUGCUCACAUAGGUGUUCUCAUUAAGUCUGUGUAGGCUCUGUGUAAAGCGAAGAGACUGCUCUCCCGCGCCCUGUUCUGUGUAGGAUCUGCAUGUGGGGCUGAGGCUGCGAUCCAGAUUCCCGAGACCAGCUUUCCUUCAAGAGACCCCUUUGGACUGUGGGACUGGCAAGUCCACCAGAGGCUGUUUUGGUCUCUCCUUACUCUUCUAGGAAGAAACAACACUCUUUUGUUCUUGUUCUGCUAUGAGAGUGAUUGAUUGGAAGUGAAUCUGUUACAAUAAAAUCCAUGCCGUUCUAGAAA